AAGUUGGAAGCCAAACUCCCCAAAAGCAUGCAAUAAAGGGACAAGCUAUAGGCCUCCACCUCCUACCCUUCCUCCUCCUACUUCUCUCUCACCAUGGGGACUCUAGAGGCACAAACAACAUACCCCUCCACCACCACCACCACCACCACCGCUGUUAACAGCAACGGCACUAAACAAUCAGACCCAGAAAAACCCAUCAACGACGUUGAAGAUGACGACGUUUCCCCCAUUGAGGAGGUCAGGCUAACCGUUACCAACACGGACGACCCGACCCUUCCUGUAUGGACCUUCAGGAUGUGGUUCUUGGGUUUGCUAUCAUGUGGACUUCUCUCUUUCCUUAACCAAUUCUUUUCUUACAGAACAGAGCCUCUUGUUAUCACCCAAAUCACCGUACAAGUUGCCACACUUCCUGUCGGCCGUUUCUUGGCUGCUGUGCUACCUACUACCAAGUUUCGGAUACCUGGUUUCGGGUCAAGAACGGUUUCUUUGAACCCGGGGCCAUUUAACAUGAAAGAGCACGUACUCAUCUCCAUCUUUGCAAAUGCUGGAAGUGCAUUUGGAAAUGGAUCUGCUUAUGCUGUUGCUAUUGUUACUAUAAUCAAAGCAUUUUACAAGAGGAAAAUUUCAAUCUUGGCUAGUUGGAUUCUCAUAGUUACAACACAGGUAUUAGGAUAUGGGUGGGCGGGGCUGCUGAGGAAGUAUGUGGUGGAGCCUGCUGAAAUGUGGUGGCCUAGCACUCUGGUUCAGGUCUCCCUCUUCAGGGCUCUGCAUGAGAAAGAUGAAAAAGAUCAACGCAUGACAAGGGCUAAGUUCUUCCUAAUUGCACUAAUUUGCAGCUUUUCCUGGUAUGUAGUUCCAGGAUACCUAUUCACAACACUUACAAGCAUCUCAUGGCUCUGCUGGGUGUUUUCAAAGUCAGUAACAGCCCAGCAACUUGGCUCAGGCAUGAGAGGCCUUGGACUUGGAGCUUUUAGUCUUGAUUGGUCUGCUGUGGCAUCUUUCUUGUUCAGCCCCCUCAUUAGCCCUUUCUUUGCCAUUGUCAAUGUUUUCCUGGGUUAUGUAUUGAUAAUCUACAUUGCCAUUCCCAUUGCUUACUGGGGACUAGACCUGUACAAUGCACACAGAUUUCCCAUAUUCUCUUCCCACUUGUUUACAGCCCAAGGCAAGAAGUAUGAUAUAACAGCUAUUGUUAAUGACAAGUUUGAGCUAGAUCUGCCAAAGUAUGAGGAGCAAGGAAGAAUUUAUUUGAGCAUGUUUUUUGCUCUUACUUAUGGGUUUGGUUUUGCAACCAUUGCGUCGACACUUACGCAUGUGGCUUUGUUCUAUGGAAGGGAGAUAUAUGAGAGAUAUCGAGCUUCUUACAAGGGCAAUGAGGAUAUCCAUACCAGAUUGAUGAAAAGAUACAAGGAAAUACCUUCCUGGUGGUUUCACCUGUUGCUGGCUGUUACACUUGCAAUUUCGCUUGUUCUCUGCAUAGUCUUGAAUGAUGAGGUUCAGAUGCCAUGGUGGGGACUCAUCUUUGCCAGCGCUAUGGCUUUCUUCUUCACCCUUCCAAUCAGCAUCAUAACUGCCACAACAAACCAGACACCAGGGCUAAACAUAAUCACAGAGUAUGUCAUGGGUAUCAUAUAUCCAGGAAGACCAAUAGCCAAUGUCUGCUUCAAAACCUAUGGUUAUAUGAGUAUGGCUCAGGCUGUCUCUUUCCUUAAUGAUUUCAAGCUUGGACACUACAUGAAGAUCCCUCCAAGAUCAAUGUUCUUGGUUCAGUUCAUUGGAACAAUGCUUGCUGGAACCAUCAACCUUGCAGUGGCAUGGUGGCUGCUAAACUCCAUUAAUAACAUAUGCCAGGACGAUCUGCUUCCCCCUGACAGUCCUUGGACAUGCCCAGGUGACAGAGUCUUCUUUGAUGCAUCUGUCAUAUGGGGUUUGGUUGGACCUAGACGGAUUUUUGGAAGUCUUGGAAAUUAUCAAGCCAUGAAUUGGUUCUUCCUUGGAGGUGCAGUAGGACCAGUUAUAGUUUGGCUAUUACACAAGACAUUCCCAAAGCAAUCUUGGAUUCCCCUAAUCAACCUUCCAGUUCUUCUAGGAUCAACUGGAAUGAUGCCUCCAGCAACAGCAGUAAACUACAAUUCCUGGAUCAUAGUUGGAACAAUAUUUAAUUUCUUCAUCUUCCGCUACCGGAAGCAGUGGUGGCAAAGGUACAAUUACAUCCUUUCAGCGGCACUGGAUGCAGGGGUGGCUUUCAUGGCAGUGCUAUUGUACUUUUCAGUGGGCAUGGAAAACAGAACUUUAACUUGGUGGGGUACAGAUGGCGAACAUUGUGAUUUAGCAACCUGUCCAACAGCCAAAGGCAUAGAGGUUGAUGGUUGUCCAGUGAACUAAUCAUAUUGUUUCUUCUGUUGCAUGUUUCUGUUAUAAGUGUUGCAUAGGAUAGAUUUCGCAGAUAAUACAAGAGUAGGAUCAACAAUGAACUACAAGGAUGGAAAGAUUAUGGCAACUGGAGGCUUCAUAUGUAAUAUAAUUUUUCCAUAAAUUCUGCUUCAUAUA